AUGGACACGAUGCGAGCGUGUUGCGAAACCAUGAUUCCCACAGUUGUUCAGCCCCAUUGCGGACUAGAAUCAUCAGCACGCAGCGUGGGGAGGAGAGAAAGUCUCGAGAGGGUGAGGUGGGAGGCCAAAGUCAGUCAGUCAGUCACUCGCUCACCAACACACACAUUUCCUCUCUGUCUCUCUAGCAGUUUCUCUUACCUUUACCCCCCUCACUCUCAGUUUCUCUCUCUCUCUCUCGCUCACUUACUCACCCACCCCUCGGCUUGGUCGGUCAAUCAUCUGUCUUCUCUUGGAUGGACUCGACCCCACCGCUUGUUUUCACUUCUCGGUCCCUCCCACUGGUGGCCCCCAGUCACCAGUGAGUGGCCCUUUCGCCCCGGCCCCCGGCCUCUCCCUCCCUCUGCGUUAGUUCUUUUGCAAGUGAGAAUCGCCGCCGCCUUUGGUUGGGGCCCAAGAAGCCGGCUCACCCACGGGAGGAGGGGCCCAAGGUUAUUUUUAAUUUUGGCUCGUUUUUGGGUCGACCUUUGGCGGGUGAACGGGGAGAUUGGCGGUGCGAUGGACAAACAGCACAUUGCCCAGUACAGCACAAAACUAACAUUUCGGGCGUAG